UUGCGAGUGGCGGUGUGUCGCGGUUGGCCUGGGGGCUCCGCUGGGACGGCGUGGCAUAGGGCCGGGGCCUGGCUGGGGGAGGAGAUGGGGAAAGCUCAGCUAGGGGAGUCUGAAGAGCAGCUGCCUUCUGUUACCGCCCUUUCCCUUAAGCAUGGCUGUUGAGCUGGGGUUUUCCAUUUUGGAGGCAGUAGAGAAACAGCUGAAGAUCUGUGGCUUUAAGAGGAACGUGGAUGUCUUGGUGUUGUAUCUGGCUGGACAAGGACUAAGAAGUAUUCCAAGUCUGUCACUGUUUCAUAGGUUGAGGUAUUUGUGGAUUAACAACAAUAAGAUUCAAGAUUUAAGUUUCUUAGAGAAAAACUGCUGUUUGACUGAGCUCUACCUUAACAACAAUGAACUCACAGAUAUAUCAGGUGCUCUGAAAAACUUGCAUUCAUUACAGAUUCUGUUGCUUCACAACAACCAGUUAAAACAACUUGGUGAAACAGUGAAGGAAUUAAAAGGAAUGAUAAGCUUGCGGACCCUAAACUUGUUUUACAACCCUCUGGCAUAUGAUGCAGGCUACCGUCUCUAUGUGAUACACAGCCUCCCUUCAGUACAGCUCCUGGACAGGAAGCCAGUUACACAAAGAGAAAGGGAGUUGGCAUUUUCUGUCUAUAACCGCGAAAGGUCCAGCGCUGUGGAGUCGAUUGUUUUCGGAAAGAGCGUGGACACACUGCCAGGCACUGCUAUCAGGCACAGCAGGGGCCCUCGGCCAGCCAGGAGACUGAUGGUGCCCCCAGGUUGGGAAUUCGGAAAUCACACAAAUAAAGUUCCAUUUGAGAACCCAGAGGAUGCUGUUUUACUACGGGCAAUGGCAAGAUCUAUAAUGGAAUUUUCCUCUAUUGACUGGAACAAAGUACCCACCUGUCAAGAAAGACGGCUUAAACACAAAGCAAAGGAAUCCCCUGAGAAGCUGACAAUCCAAUUUAGAUGACUUCUUUCUUCCUCUGUCUAAAGUGGAUAUAAGCAUCUUAAAAGCACAAGCAAGUAAGGGUGCUGCAGCGUGGUUCCUGUCCAUGGCUGCCUAUACUCUCCAUGAUGUGUCUCUGCUUACUGGUGCUUAUGGAGGAACAAGAUGUGCCAUACCGAAUGCACUGUGCCAGGACUGCUGACAGCAUUGUGGCACUGCACCUGACACUUCUGGCUUCUUUUCAUACAACUAAAGGAUGUAACAGAUCUGUACAUAAAUGGAAAGUAAUGCAUUUCUUCACAACUUUCUCUCUCCAUUCUGCCAAAGGCUUAAUUUCAGUCAGUGCUAUUUGAUAUAUCAAAGUCCUUCAGCAGCCUGGGGCUUGUUUUCUGAGUUCCUUCUUUUUUCUUCUGUUAGCACUGAGUCAUGAAAUGGUCGAGGCUGGCAGGGAUUGCUGGAGUUUAUCUAGCCCAAUUGCUGUUGAAAGCCUGAGAUAAGGUUAUCCAGCGCUCUGUCAAGGCAAGUCAAAUAUUUCCAGUGAGGGAGAGACCACCACUUCUUGGCAACCUCUUUCAUUGUUUAAUUGCACUCCAGAGCAAUUUUCUUAUAUCCAGAUGGAAUUUUGCCUGCAACAACUGGGGCCUGUUGGCUCUUGUCCUGUCACCGUGCAUCUCUGUGAAGAUAGCUCAUCUGCUCUAUAGCAACCUCUAGGUCUGUAAGUGUGUGAUUAGAUCUGAGCUAAUGAGCUCGCUUCCUCCAACUCUCUGACCAUCAUGGUGGCACCUCAGCUGGAACCUCUUUUGAUUUGUUCGUCUCUCUUGAGUUAGGUUGAUCAAAACUGGAUGCUGUAUUCCAGGCAUGGCCGAACAAGUGCCAAGCCAAAUGAGAUAAUUACAUCUUUGAUCUGCUGAUUAUACUCUUGUCUUUACCUUCAGUGCUGCCAGGGCAUUCCUCUGGCUCAGGGUCAACUUGCUGCCCACCAAGACUCCUGGGUCUGUUUCAUCAGACCCAGACAGAUCCCAGCCUGUACUGCUGCUUAAGAUUGUUCCACCCCAGAUAUGUGACUUCAUCUUUGUUAAACCUUGUAAUUCCUUUCACCUUUUCAAAAUUAGAUCCCUUUUUUUUU